AUGAAUUUAUCAAAAACAUAAGAAAUUUUCUAUGGUUUCGAAUAAUUUGAAAGUUUUAUAGAAAGACUUUUAAAUUAAUUUGAAAACAUGAGGUAAGAAUUAUUUAAUGGGAUUAUUGAUCUUAUUAAUGUAUUCCGAAAACAGAAGAAUACGAUAUCUGAAAUAAAGGAAAAAUAUUCACAAUAAUCCAGCAACAAACAUUUAAAUAAAAUAUAUUUAAGUUGUAAAGUUGUUCAAGAAUAAUAGCUUAAAAAAUUUUUAAACUAGAUGCAGAAAUUUUAGGAAACAUUAUCAUCUAUAUACAAAUCCGAUUCUAUUUGGCUUGAUGAAUUAUUCAAUGAAGAAUUAAUGAAUGUAAGACUAGUUCUGAUGGAUGAUACAAUGAGUUAAAACGAAGCAUGCUUUGCAAUUGCGCUUAAUCAACCAGGAACAAUUAUGGCAUCAGGAUCAGAAAAUCAAAUAAAAAUGUGGAACUUUAAUAAUGGGAAUAUAAAAUAGAUCACUACUUUAUCUACACAUUAAAUGCUGAUAUUUUGCUUGAUUUUUAGCAACAAGUGUAAUAGCUUUCUUUCAGGGAGUAACGAUUCAAUCUCGAUGUGGUAAACUAAAGAUGAUUAAAGUUGGGAAAAUGUUAAUACUAUAUAAAUUGGAGCAUAUUGUAUGAUACUAAAUACAAAUGAGGCUAAACUCUACAUUGGUGGGUAAGAAUCAAUUAGUGUAUCUGAUAUUAACUUUGAGAAAAAAAAGCUAGAUAUAAUGUGGAUAUUGCCAGUUAAGUAAGCUUAUUGCAUAAGUUUAAAUGAAGAUGAAACCUUUUUGGUUGCUUGUUCUAAUGAUAAAUAAAUACGUAUUUGGUAAAUAUAAUAACAUUCUAUUUAUGAACAUCAAAUUAUUGAUACUAAUUAAGAUGGGCAUAAAAUAUGCUUUUUAACAAAUACACAAUUCAUUUGGUUGCCUAAAGAGUAAUAUUAACAAAACAGUGUUUAUGUAUAUGAACUAUAAGAAGGAGAAUUUCAACAUCAGAAAGACAAAAUGAUACCUUUAUAGACAGAUGCUAAAUGCUAUGAUUGUCUCUUUUUCCCUAUAAUAUUUAAUUAAGGAAGAAAAAUGUUUGCUGUUAGACAUAAAUAUUAUUUAUAUUUGCUAAAGAUAUGUUCAAAUGGGAAAUUUAAAAUUGUUACACAAAAAGAAUUUCUAACUGAUGAAAUUUAUGGUACAAUGACGAAAGAUGGGAACAAUUUAGUUUUAUGGGAUGAGAUUAGCAAGAAGUAUCAGAUAUAUGAAAUUGAAAUUUCAUGA